AUGGAGGUGUUCAAUAUUAUUAUGGGUAAGCUUAUUGAAGAUUCUCUGAAUUUUAAGUUCCAUAGUAAGUGUUUGGCCCUCAAUAUCUCCCAUUUAUGCUUUGCUGAUGAUCUGUUGGUUUUCUCUUAUGGUAAUGGGAAUUCGGUCAGAAUUAUAAGGGAUGCUCUUGAUGAAUUCAAAAAGGUUUCAGGGCUGAAGGUGAGUAUGGAAAAAAGUCAGAUUUAUUUCAGUUGUGUUAAGCCUAAUAUGAGAAGGAUUAUUUUGGGUAUUCUUCCUUUUGAUGUUGGGAGAUUUCCGUUUAAAUAUUUGGGGGUUCCUAUGUGUGUUACUAAGUUGUUUGAUAGAGAUUAUAAAAACUUGAUUGAAAAGAUUAAGAUGAGAAUUUUCAACUGGAAAUGUAAGACCUUAUCGUUUGCUGGCAGGUUGCAACUCAUUAACUCGGUCUUAACUUCUAUUCAUGUUUAUUGGGCAUCGAUUUUUAAAAUUCCAAUUGCUACUAUUAAUGAGAUUGAAAAGAUGUGCAGAAGUUUUUUAUGGGCUAAUGGUGAGAUAGUCAAAGGGAAAGCUAAAGUAAAGUGGCAAGAUAUCUGCAAGCCUAAGGAGUAUGGUGGGCUGGGAAUCAAGAAUUUAAGGAGAUGGAAUGAUGCUUUGCUUGCUAAACAUGUUUGGAAUGUGAUCAAUAACAAAAAUUCCUUAUGGGUGCAAAAAAAAAGUAAGAGUUGGACAUGGAAGAGGUUUUUGGAAAUAAGGAAAACUGUUAGGCCUCAUGUUGUUUCGUGUGUGGGAAAUGGAAGGAACACUGCUUUAUGGCAUGAUUGGUGGCAUCCAAUUGGUAUUCUUUGUACUAUUAUUCCUAGAAGAGAUUGGGUUAGUAAUGGUCUUAGUGAUUCAUCUUUAGUCUGUGAUGUUCUUGAUUUUGAUACUUAUUCAUGGCCGGUUGAAUGGGUUAAUAAGUUCCCUGGAUUGACUGAAGCUCCCAUGUUUUGUAUUGAUUCUAAUAUGAAUGAUGUUGUUGGAUGGAGGGAUAAGAAAGGUAUAUGCAGAAAAUUCUCAUGUAAACAGGUGUGGAGUGAUUUAAAUAACUUUGGAGACAUUGUUCCUUGGAUAGGGUUAGAGGUUGGGAAGUGGCUGGUAAAUUGUUGUGUCCAUUCUGUGAAAUUGUGCUUGAUUCUCAUAAUCAUUUAUUCUUUAAUUGCGAUUAUACCUCUAGAAUUUGGAGGUAUUUCUGCAUUAAGCAAAAUGCUUAAUUUGAAGACUGGUGAGAAUUUGAUCAUCAAAUGUAUGAUUGCUAGCUGUGUUUCUCAUAUUUGGAGGGAGAGAAACUCUAGACUUUUUGGCUCUAGAAGAAUUUCGGUUGAGGGGGUUAUAGCUAGUAUUGAGAAUGAGAUUCGUUUGAAGCUGAUGGGGUUAAGGAAAAGAGCUAAAUUGAUCAAUAAUAAGAAAGGUGAGGCAAUGGAUGGUGGUGGGCAAUAG